UCUAUCUAUACCUGUACAAGUGGGAAUUGCAUCCUCACGACGGAGGGAAUUUUCGCUUUUAUCUCCCGUCGUUUUUCCAACCGGAUAUUGAGUCGACCUGGCGAUAGCGCCGGCUUUUAAAGAGAAAAAGAAACCUUUCUGUUAGUAUUUAUCGAUUUAACGACAUAACUGCUUACCACCCCGAUAUAAGGAAUUGGAUAAGUAGCCAUGUCGGUGGCGCGGUCACGGAUCACCUUUCAGAAUGCCACGGAAAUAAAAAUGAAGAACUUGUUCAACUUAUUCGUCUGUUUCGCUUUGGCUCAGUGUUGCAACGACGUCUGGAACGGAUGGAAGAAUGUCACGUGUCCCCGUUUUCUUUCGUGGGACACCAGAACCGUUUGUGUUCGAAGCGAAAACGUUAUGGUUGCCGUUAACGUUCAUUUUCUUUUAAUCGAUUGCUACGGGAGAAUUCCGGAUCGUCGUAUCAUCCAGUGUUUGCAACAGACAGAAAACACCGUGUUCAUAAUGCGCAAUUGUUAUUAUCAAAAUUUUAGUAUCAAUAAAUUUUUAUUUGGUUUCGUCAUACGCAACUUGGAAAUUACAUUCACCACGGUCGAACAGAAUUAUAACAGAUUGCACAUCGAAAAGAUGCCAUUUGUCAGGAACAUAUCUCUGUCCGGAAUAAGAACCGAGGGAUCAUUCGAUCUGACAUUAAACUUCCAACCCGUCAUCUACGCAUUACAAAUAUUCAAAUACAAUUUCACUUCCUUUACGCAGCCACCAUUUAUAAACCUGACAAAUCUUCCAAUUUUGCACAUAGUAGAUGGAAAUCUGGAGUAUCUUCAGGAGAAUUUGCUCCAAAACCUGAACAAUCUCAAAAUACUAACCUUGUACAAUAACAGAAUAAAAGAGAUUCCACGUGGAUUCUUUAAAGAUCUCACAUUGUUGAAUUAUCUGGAUGUAUCCUAUAAUCAGAUCGAGAAUCUGUCGGAAGAUCUCUUUUCCGAUCUUUUCAGCCUAGAAGAGCUUCGGAUCAAAAACAAUAAACUGACGGUUCUCCCGGAAAAUUUGCUCUCUUCCCUCUCACAACUGACGAUUCUCGAAAUGAGUAAUAAUAUUGGAAUAACGAACUUACCCAAAGGAUUCUUAAGAGGCUUGACGCGCUUAGAACAACUUUGGGCAUCCAGAUGCUCUUUGGUACAUCUGGAGGAAUCGUUAUUUUCAGACACAAGAUCUUUAAAAUACCUCAUUCUAGAUUGUAACAAUAUUACACGUGUCCCGGAAAUAUUGUUUAAUAACAUGGAAAAUCUGCGAAUUUUGUAUAUGAAUGAAAAUAAAUUAUCGACUUUGCCACAGCGUGUAUUUUUUAACCUAACGAGACUCGGAGUCUUACACUUAUCACAAAACAAACUGAACCAUUUACAUAAAGAUAUCUUCAAGCACUUAUCAACACUGAUAGUGUUGCGAUUAUCCGAUAACGAUUUGUCCUCCUUGCACCAAGAUACACUUCUACCUCUUUUGAAUUUGAGGGAGAUAAACUUAUCAAAUAACAACUUUGAAAGUUUACCCGCAAAAUAUCCUUUUGGUUCUAGCAAUUAUUUGCAAAGUGUAAGCAUCAGCAAUUCAAAUCUGAAGACUUUUCCUAAUAUUGAUUGGUCGAAUAACAACCUGACAGAAGUCGAUCUAUCCCACAAUCAAUUUCGGGAAGUCACUCUACCCGUGUUUACCAAGAAGCGCACCAAGAUAUUGCUCAACGACAACAACAUCUCCACCAUCUACAUUGACUAUCGACGACAUUCUAACAGUUAUCCAGUGUAUAACGUCACGGGAAACGUCAUCGAGUGCGACUGUCGAAUCAGACAGUUCUUGCGAUUUCUUCACUCUGACGAAAACGCCAUCCGCAUUUUUCCAGAUUCCAAUAUCAUGCGAUGCAAUGGACGUUCCGAAAGGAAACUUACAGAAAUCUGGCCCAUUUACAGUGUCUGUCCGCGGAAAGAGGGAUGUCCUUUGUUUUGCGAGUGCUACCUGACACUAGAAGGACAAAGUACAAUCGAUUGUUCUCGUAGAAAUUUGUCUUAUCCGCCCGCGAAUCUUCCUGUCAAUUCAACAUUUGUCAAUCUGAACGACAACCACAUUGUAAACCUGUCUGAACUGAAUGGGACUACGUGGCAAAACGUCACCCAUCUGUAUCUUAGUAACAAUUCUCUGACGUCACUGAACGAUUGGGUCGUUCCGGAUAAUCUCCGCUAUUUGGCUUUGGAUGGAAACAAACUGUCGGAUUUGCCCCUUUCUUUGAUGAUGCGCGUAGAAGAUUCGACGAACUUCAGCAUCUUUCUUUCCAGAAACGAGUGGAAAUGCGAUUGCCAUUCUGUCCAUUUCAAGAAGUGGUUUACGCGGAAUUUGCUUAAGAUCCGUGAUUCCGAGAACGUAACCUGCCAGAGAGUCAAUAGGGUUAACAAUUCCGUAAGACAUGAGCUAAUAGAAAGUACACCGCUGGAUGUGUUCUGUUUAGAAGAACCCGUGUUGCCUUUAUGGAAAGUGAUGGUUCUUACAGUUUCGGUAGUGUUAUUGUUGAUGUUAGCAGUUCUUAUAGCGGUUUCUUACCAUUACAGACUCGCUAUAUUGGCCUUUCUAUACAGUCGAGACGUGUACUUACCGUGUUGGAAUAGGGUCCUCGACGAAGAGGAAAAGAAAUACGACGCGUUUGUGUGUUAUAAUAGUUGCGAUUCUCUGUUAACCAUGGAGAUAGUGGAUCGGCUCGAACCCGCUUAUCGCCUUUGUAUUCACGAACGUGAUUGGUUAGCGGGUAGCCCUAUUAGCGAGAACAUCGUGUAUUCCGUGCUUAACAGUAGAAAGACGGUGAUAUUGUUGUCUCGAAACUUUCUGGACAGCAUGUGGUUUACUGUUGAAUUUCGUGUAGCGUACAACAGAAUGAUGCAAGAUCAAAUUCAUCAUCUAGUGUUGGUUUUGGUGGAUGAAUUGGAGAAUUCGAACGAGCUGGAGGAGGAUCUUCGUCGUUUGCUGAAAACCAAAACUUAUUUAAAGUGGGGAGAGAAAUGGUUUUGGGAAAAAUUGAAAUAUAUUCUUCGAAGACAAUCUGGUGGUGAUACUCAAUACCUUUACGNUUGUUUGCCUCCUUCGAUGGUAACGAACGUUCCUAUAAUCGUUUCCGGUUUCGUUGUCUGUCUGCUAGGAAUAUUAACAAUGGUGUUCGCUUUCUUCUUUCUGAAGUACAGAAACACCAUCUUGGCUUACGUGUACGUGCAUUUUCCUUGGCUGUACUGCUGCAAGAUUUCCGAACUUGACAAAGAUAAGGCGUUCGAUGCCUUCAUUUCGUAUUCCGGCAGCGACAGAGACAUCGUCAUGUGUUUGUUGAAGGAACUGGAAAAGAAACCCCCAUUCUUUAAGCUGUGCAUCCACGAGCGCGAUUGGAUACCCGGUUAUGACGUAAUAUGUCAGAUAGAAGCUUCGAUUCAAAAUAGCGAUAAAACGAUAUUGCUUCUGUCUGCGGAAUUCUUCAACAGCGUGUGGUGUCAGGCGGAGCUUCGAGCGGCUUUGGUAAAGGCUUUCGAAGAUAAAACAGAAAAGAUAAUUUUCGUAUUGAAGGAUAAUUCGUUGUGUGACGUAGUUCCCGCGGACACGCGCGAGUUGCUACUUAGCAGGACAUACCUGGUGUGGGGCGAAAGAUGGUUUUGGGAGAAGUUGAGAUACGCCUUACCUCGUUGUUCGAAUCAUAAAUCGUUACGUUAUCAAGUUGACGACACUCUUUCUUCUCGGCGUGUCAUUCCUACAAAACGGAUUAAAUGGAAGUUUUCUUUGCAGAAUGCCACGGAAAUAAAAAUGAAGAACUUGUUCAACUUAUUCGUCUGUUUCGCUUUGGCUCAGUGUUGCAACGACGUCUGGAACGGAUGGAAGAAUGUCACGUGUCCCCGUUUUCUUUCGUGGGACACCAGAACCGUUUGUGUUCGAAGCGAAAACGUUAUGGUUGCCGUUAACGUUCAUUUUCUUUUAAUCGAUUGCUACGGGAGAAUUCCGGAUCGUCGUAUCAUCCAGUGUUUGCAACAGACAGAAAACACCGUGUUCAUAAUGCGCAAUUGUUAUUAUCAAAAUUUUAGUAUCAAUAAAUUUUUAUUUGGUUUCGUCAUACGCAACUUGGAAAUUACAUUCACCACGGUCGAACAGAAUUAUAACAGAUUGCACAUCGAAAAGAUGCCAUUUGUCAGGAACAUAUCUCUGUCCGGAAUAAGAACCGAGGGAUCAUUCGAUCUGACAUUAAACUUCCAACCCGUCAUCUACGCAUUACAAAUAUUCAAAUACAAUUUCACUUCCUUUACGCAGCCACCAUUUAUAAACCUGACAAAUCUUCCAAUUUUGCACAUAGUAGAUGGAAAUCUGGAGUAUCUUCAGGAGAAUUUGCUCCAAAACCUGAACAAUCUCAAAAUACUAACCUUGUACAAUAACAGAAUAAAAGAGAUUCCACGUGGAUUCUUUAAAGAUCUCACAUUGUUGAAUUAUCUGGAUGUAUCCUAUAAUCAGAUCGAGAAUCUGUCGGAAGAUCUCUUUUCCGAUCUUUUCAGCCUAGAAGAGCUUCGGAUCAAAAACAAUAAACUGACGGUUCUCCCGGAAAAUUUGCUCUCUUCCCUCUCACAACUGACGAUUCUCGAAAUGAGUAAUAAUAUUGGAAUAACGAACUUACCCAAAGGAUUCUUAAGAGGCUUGACGCGCUUAGAACAACUUUGGGCAUCCAGAUGCUCUUUGGUACAUCUGGAGGAAUCGUUAUUUUCAGACACAAGAUCUUUAAAAUACCUCAUUCUAGAUUGUAACAAUAUUACACGUGUCCCGGAAAUAUUGUUUAAUAACAUGGAAAAUCUGCGAAUUUUGUAUAUGAAUGAAAAUAAAUUAUCGACUUUGCCACAGCGUGUAUUUUUUAACCUAACGAGACUCGGAGUCUUACACUUAUCACAAAACAAACUGAACCAUUUACAUAAAGAUAUCUUCAAGCACUUAUCAACACUGAUAGUGUUGCGAUUAUCCGAUAACGAUUUGUCCUCCUUGCACCAAGAUACACUUCUACCUCUUUUGAAUUUGAGGGAGAUAAACUUAUCAAAUAACAACUUUGAAAGUUUACCCGCAAAAUAUCCUUUUGGUUCUAGCAAUUAUUUGCAAAGUGUAAGCAUCAGCAAUUCAAAUCUGAAGACUUUUCCUAAUAUUGAUUGGUCGAAUAACAACCUGACAGAAGUCGAUCUAUCCCACAAUCAAUUUCGGGAAGUCACUCUACCCGUGUUUUCCAAGAAGCGCACCAAGAUAUUGCUCAACGACAACAACAUCUCCACCAUCUACAUUGACUAUCGACGACAUUCUAACAGUUAUCCAGUGUAUAACGUCACGGGAAACGUCAUCGAGUGCGACUGUCGAAUCAGACAGUUCUUGCGAUUUCUUCACUCUGACGAAAACGCCAUCCGCAUUUUUCCAGAUUCCAAUAUCAUGCGAUGCAAUGGACGUUCCGAAAGGAAACUUACAGAAAUCUGGCCCAUUUACAGUGUCUGUCCGCGGAAAGAGGGAUGUCCUUUGUUUUGCGAGUGCUACCUGACACUAGAAGGACAAAGUACAAUCGAUUGUUCUCGUAGAAAUUUGUCUUAUCCGCCCGCGAAUCUUCCUGUCAAUUCAACAUUUGUCAAUCUGAACGACAACCACAUUGUAAACCUGUCUGAACUGAAUGGGACUACGUGGCAAAACGUCACCCAUCUGUAUCUUAGUAACAAUUCUCUGACGUCACUGAACGAUUGGGUCGUUCCGGAUAAUCUCCGCUAUUUGGCUUUGGAUGGAAACAAACUGUCGGAUUUGCCCCUUUCUUUGAUGAUGCGCGUAGAAGAUUCGACGAACUUCAGCAUCUUUCUUUCCAGAAACGAGUGGAAAUGCGAUUGCCAUUCUGUCCAUUUCAAGAAGUGGUUUACGCGGAAUUUGCUUAAGAUCCGUGAUUCCGAGAACGUAACCUGCCAGAGAGUCAAUAGGGUUAACAAUUCCGUAAGACAUGAGCUAAUAGAAAGUACACCGCUGGAUGUGUUCUGUUUAGAAGAACCCGUGUUGCCUUUAUGGAAAGUGAUGGUUCUUACAGUUUCGGUAGUGUUAUUGUUGAUGUUAGCAGUUCUUAUAGCGGUUUCUUACCAUUACAGACUCGCUAUAUUGGCCUUUCUAUACAGUCGAGACGUGUACUUACCGUGUUGGAAUAGGGUCCUCGACGAAGAGGAAAAGAAAUACGACGCGUUUGUGUGUUAUAAUAGUUGCGAUUCUCUGUUAACCAUGGAGAUAGUGGAUCGGCUCGAACCCGCUUAUCGCCUUUGUAUUCACGAACGUGAUUGGUUAGCGGGUAGCCCUAUUAGCGAGAACAUCGUGUAUUCCGUGCUUAACAGUAGAAAGACGGUGAUAUUGUUGUCUCGAAACUUUCUGGACAGCAUGUGGUUUACUGUUGAAUUUCGUGUAGCGUACAACAGAAUGAUGCAAGAUCAAAUUCAUCAUCUAGUGUUGGUUUUGGUGGAUGAAUUGGAGAAUUCGAACGAGCUGGAGGAGGAUCUUCGUCGUUUGCUGAAAACCAAAACUUAUUUAAAGUGGGGAGAGAAAUGGUUUUGGGAAAAAUUGAAAUAUAUUCUUCGAAGACAAAUGGCGCAGAAAAUCUUCUUGGCUCAAUUGGUGUUCCUUUGCGCGUCAGUCGAAGGGCAGAUCAUCGUCAGCGACCGUUUUGGUUACAUCGUUACAGAAAUGAAUCGAAUGGUGGAAUGCGGAUCGAACGUUACUUCUUUUGUCAACUACUUAGACCGAGCCAUUUACGUGGUGUGUCGAGGAAACACUUUCGACGCCGAACAGCUUCGUGCGUGCACUAAUUUUAGCUACUUCGCUUCCGUGGUGUUAAGAGACUGCGUCCUUUCUUCUCCCGAUGUCAGAACUUCUCUAGGAGACGAAAGAGUCGAGAAUUUCUUUUUGAUUUCCGAGGACGUUCCACCGAAUUCGCGAGUUAGCAUCAAGAACCUUCCGAAUCUUCGCGAUAUCAUUUUAUAUCAUAUGGAAAAUGUCACGUACACUUUAGAGGAGUUACGCAACGUAGAAAGGAUUGAUGUUUUGCGCGUGAUGACGGAAAGAUUUCCGAACGGAUUAUUCAAUGCUCUCCCAUCGUUAAGAAUGAUUUACGUGGUAUUAGGAAGAAUAAGAAGUUUUCCAGAAGAUGCAUUUCGAGGUUUGAAUAGACUGAAUUCUUUAAAUCUCUUCGACAAUCGUUUAGAGGAUCUUCCGGAGACCCUUUUAAGUGGAUUGCGAUCUCUGGAGGAAUUACGUCUGCAUAGAAAUUUGCUGACGUUUCUUCCUCCCGCCAUAUUUAGAGGGCUGACAAACCUUAAAACGCUUACCUUAAACGACAAUCGCUUAAAUACUCUUCCCCCUUCCUUGUUUGCAGAUAGUUUUAAUUUGGUCUUUCUGAACAUGAACAACAACAGCUUCGGUUCUCUACCGGAAAUUUUAUUGCAAAACGCCUCAAAAUUGCAACGUUUUGGUGCCUGUAACUGCGACAUCAGUGAAUUGCCAUCGAAGAUAUUUUCCUCUUGUUACGACUUAAUCGAAGUUCGAAUUUGCGAAAAUCGAAUCGAUCGUCUGCACCCCGAUUUGUUUGUAAAUAAUGCGUUCAUCCAGGAUAUUUAUUUACAUAAGAACCGUUUGCAAGAAUUACCUUUCAACGUGUUCCGUAGUAACAAACGGCUGGCAAAACUGGAUUUAAGCAACAAUCUCUUAACCGGAAUUCCCUUCGAAGUGUUUGAAAACAUUCAAACUAUUGUAGCAUUGUUUUUAGCAGCCAACAGAAUAACUGAGAUAGAAGAGAGAAAGUUUGAACUUUUGAAGAAUCUCAAAGUAUUGAAUCUGAAUAAUAACCCCAUUCGAUCAGUUUCGGGUCCGAGACCGUUUGGAAGAUUGCCCAGUUUGACAAAUCUGGGGCUUUCCAACGUUUCCUUCACAGAGUUUCCCCGAAUCGACUGGACUGCGUAUAACAUCGCGCUGCUCAGUUUGACACAAAAUCGUCUGUCGAUUCUUCGCACCGAAGACCUCCCUCCGGAUAAUCGCUCUGUAAUUUUAUUGAUGGACAAUAAUAUCACCACAGUCGAGGGGAAAAUCACCAGAAAUAUGAAUAAUGUUAUUCUUUUAGGCAACCCUUUACGGUGUGACUGCGCUUUGAGGAACUAUAUCGAAGAGGUUCAGUUUUCCGGAUUCGGUCGAUCGCUGCUCUGCUAUUCUCCUUCUAACUUGAGGAACAAGACUUUCCAGGAACUGAUUCCUUCCUACGUGGUGUGUCCCGUUGUAGAAAACUGUCCACCGGAGUGUCGCUGUUACUUAUAUAAAGGUUUUUCGGUCAUGGUCAACUGUUCUUCUUCCAAUAUUUCCCACGCUCCAGCAAUACUUCCCGAAAACACCACAAUCGUUCACCUGGAACACAACUCUCUUUCAACAAUAAAAAUUACAGACAGUUGGUCUGGAGUAGAUGAACUGUACUUGGACCACAAUCGUUUAAAUCCCUCUGAGCAAUGGACGUUUCCCUCUUCCUUGAAAAUUCUUUCUCUUCAAUAUAAUAGUCUGCAAGAUUUUCCUGUAAAAUUUUUGCAAUACGUAAGUGAUUCUUCUUAUAUUCGAGUGGACAUUAGAAACAAUGCAUUUUGGUGCAAUUGUUCUUUCAAACCCUUCAAAUUGUGGUUGAAUCGCAACGUUCAUAAGAUAGUGGAAGCCGAAGAGGUAAAGUGCAGUAGAUUGUUGUCGGAGAACAACACCUUUAUCGUGUCCUCCAUAUUGAAUUUUCCGGAUGAUGCGUUUUGUUUGCCUCCUUCGAUCACGACGAAUAUUUCUCUAAUUGUUUCCGGUUCCGUUGUAUCUUUCGUAGUAAUUUUAAUAUUGUUAUUAUGUUUCGUUUUUCUGAAAUACAGAAACACCAUUUUGGCUUAUGUGUACGUGCAUUUUCCUUUGUUGUACUGCUGCAAGAUUUCUGAACUGGACAAAGAUAAAGCGUUCGAUGCCUUCAUUUCUUAUUGCGUCAGCGACAGAGACAUCGCGAUGUUGCUGUUAAAGGAUCUGGAAGCAAAACCCCCCUUCUUCAAGGUGUGUAUCCACGAACGCGAUUGGAUUCCGGGUCAUAGCAUAAUAUCUCAAAUAGAAAAUUCGACUAGAAACAGCAGGAAGACUAUUUUGCUUAUAUCCAAAGAGUUCUUAAACAGCGUUUGGUGCCUAGCAGAAUUUCAAGCAGCCUUGGUGCAGUCUCUAGAGGAUAAGGUGGAGAGGAUAAUUCUCGUGUUGGUAGACAAGUCGGUGUGUGACAUGAUACCCACGGAUAUGCGCGAGUUGCUCCUCACCAGAACUUAUUUGCUGUGGGGCGAAAGAUGGUUUUGGGAGAAGUUGAGAUACUCGUUACCUCAUUACACGCGUAACGAACUGCUUCGUCAUGAAGUUCAGGAGGUUGAUAGAAUGGUUGCGGAAUUAAACAAUGAAUCUGCACUUUGAUACGUUACAUACGCAGUCGCAAUUUGUAUCGUUGGAAACUUAGUCCGAACCUUUCAAUUCGGGCAGAGUUCGCGUGCAUCCUCCGUAAACACGAUCUUUCAGAUAUUCCACAACCAUACAGAUUCUGCUCGAAUCGAAAGCAAGCGUAACACGCCAUAUUGCUGCAAUUUCUCAAGAAACCUAUCGGGCUACUGUUAAACACGCUGUAAAGCACUUUGAACAUGUAAUUGACGCAAUGCAUUGCGCAUGAACAAAUGUUGCGAAUAAAAACCUUUUGCGUGUUUCCAUUUUGUUUCUUGUUCUUCACGCGCCAUUUUUUCACCUAGUGGUAGAAAUUUCAACUACCUAUUCUUCUGCAUUUUCGUUUUUCCCAU